GCACAAGAAAUCCUAAUGAGACGACAGAUCUUGCGGCAUGUCAUUAAAACCUUCUCAGAAAGAAAAAAACAUUAUGAUGACAUGUCAGAUAAAUCUACACGUUGCUGGGGCAAUACUUCUUAACAUAGCAGGCUGUAUCUGUCAAUCAGACGUGUGUGGCCAAGCAGCUCUCAACACUAAGAUUGUUGGAGGCGAUGAUGUGACAGCAGGGUCUUGGCCCUGGCAAGUCAGUAUUCAGAGACUCAGUACUAGAAGUCAUUUCUGUGGUGGCAGUAUCAUCAAUAAAGACUGGGUUUUAUCUGCAGCUCACUGCUUUCAGAGCAACCCUGCAUCUAAUAUUAUAGUCUCUUUGGGACGUCAGACAUUAUCAAGCAUGAACUCAAAUGAGAUAUCUAGAACAAUACACCAAGUCAUCAGUCAUCCUAACUACAACUCAAAAAUCCAAAACAAUGACAUAGCUCUGUUAAAGCUCUCUUCUUCUGUGCCGUUUACCAAUUACAUACGACCCAUCUGUCUGGCGGCUGCCGGUAGCACAUUUGAUGCGAGUACUAAGAGCUGGAUAACAGGAUGGGGAAAACUUCAUUACGGAGACACCCAGCUUCCAAACACACUGCAGGAGGUGCAGAUACCGAUUGUGAGCAACGCUGACUGUAGCAAAGCUUAUGGAGGUUUCAUUACAAGCAACAUGAUUUGUGCUGGUCUUACCGCAGGGGGCAAAGACUCAUGCCAGGGAGAUUCUGGAGGUCCGAUGGUGUUUAACAACGGCACCCUGUGGAUUCAGUCAGGGGUUGUGAGUUUUGGUCAAGACUGUGCUCUACCCGGCUAUCCUGGUGUGUACGCUAGGGUUUCUCAGUACCAGUCUUGGAUCAACUCUCACAUAAACAGUAAUCAGCCUGGAUUUGUCUAUGUUAACUCUACUGGAUCCAAUAGUUCAUCUUGCACUUUGUUUUCUGUUUCUCACACAUUUUUCAUCAUCUCCCUCAUCUUCUUCCUUCUUCUCUUUGUUUAAAAAAACUGUACAAUAAGCGUAUACAGAUGAUAUAGGGCACUCCUAAAUCAGUUAAGGUUUUUAUUUAUUCACAUUUAGUUUUAAAGAUACUAAAAGAGAAAACAACCAGGAUUUUGUAAUGUACAGGCGAAAAUGUAAAUGGUUCGCUUUGAUGAAUAAAUGACAAAUUGUAAAGCGACUGCGGUUGAUCUAAAUCCAGAUUUGAGGUAAGGAUGCCACCUGGUGCUCAAUUUGUGGGGAUGCAGGCACUUUUGCCAUAAAAAUACAAUACACUGUAAAACUUUUCUGUAGUUACUGUAGAUUUAAUUAGUUAAAACUUUCCUAUUUUUUUUAUAAAACUUUAAACACUUUGACUUUUGAGAUUCAAAAUGAGCAAGAAGAGACUGAUCUCAAAAUACUGGCAUUAGCACAGCAAUACUGCAAAAAAUGACUGGCAUAUUCAAGCACACACUACACCUCAACCUUUUAAUUCAGUUCUAUCAGAUUCUUCCAUAAUUAAACACAAACAUGCCAGAUUCACAAAACUGUUCUUAAGAGAAAAUAUAAGAACUUUCUUCAGAUAAAUUACAGAAAGUUCUUAAAAAUAUUCUUAAAUGCAAUUCUAAAAUACUGUAUUUCCAUCUUCAUUUUUUCAAAGACUAAACGGGCAGGGCAGUCUUUGUCAAUGAUUAUACUACAAGAGUAAUUUGUCCAUUUGUUAAACUUUAUUUGUGUAACAAGCACCUCGCGACUCGCAUUAUUAUGUAAGCGUGUAAUGUGUUACAGUAAACGACAUUAACAAGUAUUAUAAGUAUACUUCUUUAGCCUAUAUAUUAUGACAUCAUCAUAUAUAUUUUUGUAACAUUUUGCAAUGUAUGUAAAAGCACUGUGGAUUAUCUAAUAAUGAAGGCUAAAUAUUGGUAACUUAAGGCAGUUACUGAUCAACAUUAUAUCAAUAUAAAAUAAUUCACAAAAGUGAUGGAAACGCCAAAUUUCGAAUUAAAAAUGAUGGUCAUUCUUAAACGCCUGAGCAAAGUCGUCAAGUAUUUCUGUAAUUGCCUCUUAGAACUAUCACGACUAUGUUUCCCGAACAGCAGACAUCCACAAAAGCACCGCAUUUAUUGAGUUUUCUAAUCGUCUGUUUGCGCAAGUAUUAUUAUAUUUGAAAACUAUUAUAUUCAGUGGCUUCUCUUACUUUUCUUACUGAUAUUUAGUGCCAGUUUAUUAGGAAGUGACGGUUGACUAGUCGGAUGGAAACGGUGCUUAUUCGCAAAUGUUUUAUGCGAUAUUCCAAUUUUGCGCAUAAGCUAAAUUGGCAACUUUGGAUGGAAACCCGGCUAGUGACAGGUUGUUGGAAACGCUGUUUUGUACUAAUUUUAUUCGCAAGUUACCUGUCGUACGGUGCUGCUGCUUCCUGCCGGGAAAGAGAGACCUCGCGCUCGCGGGGCAGCACUGGCGACAUUUUCCCACUGAAUGAAAGCUAAGGUUUAUCCAAGAAAUCUCUAGAUUUGUCGCUAUGUGCUUCUUCUAAACAAAAGCCGCUGGAGGGCUCGUAAAAGUGAUUAAAUCAAAAGACAGACUUCCUAAUUUAGAAACACUGUUUUGUGUGUGCACCUCCAUGUGCGCGGGAGAGAGAAGCGCACCGCAGAAUGAAUAUGGCGUAAACGCUGUUAUGUGAAAAUGUUUUCCCUUGCCUGGGCCCCUGGGCCUGUGCCCAUAAUGCCCAUUGGAUAAUCCGGCCCUGGGCACCACCCAAUCCAAAUCUUACGUGUUACUUAAGGGAAGGAUGGGUUUAGUCAUACACUGUAAAAAAUGACACGGCUAUUUACUUAAAAAAAAUUAAGGUAACAGUAUUACACAAAAUAUUUUUAAGUACUUUAAAGCAUAUUUUUAACG